AUGUCCAAAAUCAUACCUCAGGAAAUGCUUACCAAGGGAUAUUAUACAAGGAGACAUGAUUUGGCUAGUGUUUUGUUGAAUAGAGGCAUCAACUUGGAUCCAUUAAGCAAGUGGUCAAAGGUUGGCUUGGUUGUAUAUGAUCAUCAAGUGCCAUAUGGUGCAACUCCAGAAUACAUGGCUGGUCAUUACAUGGUGCAAAGUGCAAGCUCUUUUCUACCUGUAAUGGCUCUUGCUCCUCAAGAGAAAGAACGAAUUCUCCCAAAAGUAUUAGGACAUAACACAACAGACAGGGUUUUGUUGGAUGCCCCUUGCAGUGGUACUGGGCGUGUGGAAGCAUAUAUGACAACACUAAGAGCAUUUGCAGAUGAGUGUGGGUUAAUUAUGAAAAAGCUUGACAAGAAGUUGGAAAGAAGUCUCCUCCAUUCGUAUCGAAAGGAUUUGUCAAGUCAAGUAUCUGGUGAAACUGAUCCAGUCACCAUUUUGCCUAAAUUUUAUGGAAGAGCUCUUCAAGCACCAGGGAGGACCAUUUCGGUUACAAUCUCUAAAUUAAAGGAGAAACUAGAUGAUUCAGCAUACAAAAUCUUAGAAGAGUAUCAUGGUGCAACAGUCACACUUUUGACCCUUAUAUCAGCAUCAACAGGCAAUUUAGGGUUUUGGGACGAUUGGAUCAUUGAUUUGGAAUCGGGAAGACUGCUUCAUUGCGUUUCUUGA